AUGUUCCACAACCCAUCGGCAGCCUCUUGGGAGUACCCUGGACCCUCUGCAAACCCAACAGUUGAGCCCUUCCACCGCACCCUCCCAGAUUACUCCGUCACUCCCCUCAUCCCCCUACCAGACCUAGCCAAACAACUCGGCCUGCGUCAUGUCCUUGUAAAAGACGAAUCCAACCGUCUCGGUCUUCCAGCCUUCAAGAUCCUAGGCGCGUCGUGGGCCAUCCACAAGGCUAUCGCAUCAAAAUGCCACCUCCCCCUGUCUGCUACCCUGGAUGAACUUGGCACUGCAGCAAGAGAAGCGGGUAUCGAACUAGUUGCGUGUACGGAAGGGAACUGGGGUAGAGCUGUUUCGCGAAUGGCAAAGUAUCUGGAGAUUAAAGCCGUCGUCUUCGUUCCUGGUUUCAUGGACGAAGCGACGCAAGAGAAAAUCAGGAGCGAAGGCGCAGAAGUGAGAGUGGUAGACGGAGACUACGACGACUCCAUUGCAAAAGCUAGAGAAGAAGCGGAAGGCAAGGGAGCCAUGUUAGUCAUGGACGUGUCUUGGGAAGGAUACGAAGAGAUACCUCAGUGGGUAGUAGAAGGCUACACAACCAUGCUCACCGAAACAGACGCCCAGCUCAAAGCCAUGCACAUCCCCCCUUCGAACCCUCCACAGCAGCCAGUCUUCUCGCUUCCCUCUCCGCCGGAAAAAUCACACCCAUUCAAACUGGCCAUACGAUAUGCAACGGGAUGA